AUGUCCCCUUCCUUCCCGCCUGGCGGGCCCCCACCUCUGCCGCCGCUUCUAAGGCAUGCGCGGACAAGUUCGUCCAACACCUUUGGUUCGUCUUCGUCGUCGUCGUCCAGCACUGGAAAUGGAAGCCCCACCCGACGAGCGAGUCCGUUCGUCGAUGGCUAUCGCAGCCCCGUCGAAUCAAUCCAGUCGUCCACCCACUCGUCACGAUCUGCCGACCCAGCGUAUGCCCACGUCGGCACCAGUACUGUCCGUCUCAAUUCACGAAGAUCAAGUGCGGCCUCGGACGGACAUCCCCACAUCGCUGCGAUCGCACAUUUACCUGGCUCAAGCCCUCGGGAAAGCGCUCAGCUCCACAGCUCCUCCUUUCCUCGCGAGCGCAAACCGUUUUCACCGUCAUCCCCGGGCUUAAGUCGAAGCCAGUCAUACUCCUCGGCCCAUCGCUCGCCAUCAUCUUCUGGCAACAGUCGCCAAAGCUCCCCUCUGUCGUCUCGUCGCAACUCUUACCGCGCCCCUGGCUCGUCCCCGUCGCUGUCGGUUUCUUCUCGCGCUGGCCGCAUGUCUCCCUCAGAAAAAGGGUUAGCUUCGGACGGCCUCGACCUCGGUUUGACAGACAAACUGCCGCCCGUUGGUGCGCAAUUACCAUCUCCACCCGCUUCGCUCAACGGUGCCAUCACUUCCCCGUCUUCCAAUCGAGCUCUCAGCACCAUUCGGUCCAACGAGGAGCUGAAUCAUACGAUAUACGGCCAUCGUCCCAUCGCCAGCGCAUCUGCCAGGAUGUUUGCAACCGAUGUGUCAGCGUCCACCGGCCGACCGAGGCCAGACCGGCCACCAAGAAGUGAAGCGAGAAGUGCUCCACCAACUCCGACCGCUCCUACGACUCCAGACAAGCGCUUGUCGAUGUCUUCUUCCAUCCCGCUCAUCCAGACCUCUAGCCCGUCGGUCGCAGGUACCCCUUCGCGGAGUUCGGACCAUUCGCACGAACAGCGCCACCGUCUUGAGCGUCUGAACCUGAUCGGGCCAUCCUCGGUACGAACGGACGAGCCUCGGCGUGACUCUGUUGACACUGCCAGCUCAAUCGAGCCUUAUUUGGACGCGCUCGAGGCGUCCCGUUCCCCGUCUCCAUCGCCACUGCCCUCACCCAACUUUCCGCGCUCGUCAGAUGCUUCUGCGAUCAAUACUCCGCAGCCCACUAGGCAAGCCGUUUCGAUUCGAGAAGUAGCGAUUCCCGAGCUCCAAACAAGGACACCCAAGGGACGAGGUACCUCGCUGCCGUUCAAGAAUCGAUCCGUUUUGGAUGAUGGACUAGAAUCGGGCAAAGUGUCAUCGAGCAAGCCGUGGCGAUCGUCAGAGAGGCAGAUGCGGAAUCAGAGAGUGAGUGUCGCGCAGCCCUUGUGAUCACCCCAAAUUCUCUGCUCGUCUCUGAUCGGAUAGCGGCUGGCCCGUGUCCGAGUAGAUUCUCGACAACAUCAAUAGCUCGUCGCCUCAUUCCGGUCAUGAGGCCGCCGAAGAACACGGAAGAACGGCGCAUGUUCGAUCCUCGUAUUCGAUCGACGGUGACCAGUGGGAAUUGACCCGCGAUCGCGAUGGCCCGCCUCGACGCUCGAGCUGGGUGGGUUCGGAGCGAACGCGGGCUGCAAGCGUUCAAGGUGCGCACUCGCGAGAAGGCAGUGAAGCAACAUCGCCAUCGGCCAUUGCCUCGCCUGUGUUUCAUCCACGCAGCGAAUACUCACCAUCUGAGGCGAAAAACGCGCAUACUGUGGCAGGCAGCGUUUCCAACAGCACACGGCGCGGCAUCCCCCAAGAGUUUCUGCAAGCCGAAGACGGUAACCACACUUUGCAUGAUCAGCUACCUGCAAAUGCUUCGUCCACGUCAGCCUUCAUCGGGUCGUCUCCGCAUGGAGCGGGUCGCCUUUUCCGUAGCCCAUCAUCCCAGUCGGACAACUGCAUACCAACUAAGAUGAGUGGUCGCACACAUCCCGGCGACGGCAGUGGUUCGCAUCCCAGACACGACCUGCGUCUGGAACACGGUGGAGACUCCGAGGUCGAAGAUGGUCGAGGCCAACCAGCUUCCGCGGACUACAAUCGAGCCUCAAGGAGGUCUGGGAUUGACGGUACGUCUUUUCGCAUGAGUUGAUCGGAGCCAUUGCAAAGAGUCUCUCUGACUAUUUCGGUCUGUCCGAUUUUCUGCUAGCAGAGGAAGGCGCGUUACCCCUGGAAGAGCGCAGAAGACGUCUGCGCAACCUCGAAGUCGGGAGCACGGGGUGGAUCUCAGAGUGUGAGUCGCUCUUGAUAUGUCUAGGUCCACUUUUCGCUUGCUUAUGCGCUGUGUCUUCCCACCAUUCCUCGGCUCCAGUCCAGGCUAUUCGAGCUUUGCAAGCCACGCGAACUCGUGCGAAAACCGGAAGUGAAGAUGAACCGACUCGGAUCGGGAAACAAGCAUCGCUCGCCGAUCUAGAAUCUCAGCCCGUCUCGCAUGCCCAUGAAGAUUUUUCUUCGACCGGUCUCCGAGGAUGGCUUCCCGCUACGUCCCUUCGGAAACGAGAUCCGCGUCGCUCGAUGAGCCGUUUGUCUCUGGUGACCUCCUCAGGCGAUGUUGGCGCUGGAGCUGCAGGCUCGUCGACAGCCUCGCGGAACUUGCAGGCUGGCCGACCUGUUGCCGUCGGAGACCAUCACAUGCUGGUACAUGCGGCAUAUGAUCAACUUCAUCAACUUCUGGAUGGCAUCGGCAACGCCCCGAACAGUCCGAGUGACGCCUCGGACGCCUCCGACCUCCUGAAAAGAACAGCUGCGACCGUCAGGGUGACCGUAAAGCUCAAUGAUGGACUGCGCGAUCUCGUCCAAGCCACGGCCAACCUGGAGCGUCGUACAGAUAGCGAAGAGCAGCGCCGGCGGUCCAUGGAUUCAAUGGACGAUCUGGCUGAGAGUUCGAUUCUUGCCACCACCGCUCGCUCGCUGCUCCGCACCAGUAACGACCAGAUAAGGUGCCUGACUGAAGAGAUCAUUGCCCUGACACGUUUCGAGCGAGAGCGCCACUCAACGAGCCAGGACGAAGGUCGUUCGCCACGGUCCUUGAGCCGAGCUAGUGGCUUUCGACCCUCCACGAGCCUCGGUAUCAUGUCUCCCGCUCGUUCAGGAGACCAGUUUUCGCUUGGUGCGCUCACAAACGCGACCCCCAAGCUCCGAAACUCAGCUUCGCGCAAUGCCUUCAGCCCUCUUUCCCUGCAUUCGCCCUCCCCCGGAAGCCGCGAUCAAUACCGUUCGCCACUUUCGAUUUCGCAGGACGGUAGAGCACAUUCGCGCGCCUCGCUUUCGAUCUCUCACCCUGCAAGCGCCGCGUCGCAGUAUGAUGAUACUUUUCCCGAGUCGUCUCCUACGGUUGGAAGUCAGUCGCGUAGACGCAAUUUGGUGGGUCAACCUUCCCCGAAAGUAUCGUUCUUAGCACGAUGACGUUGGUUUGUCUCAUCUCAUCUGGGUUGUAUCCUUUGCAUCAAUAGUUGUCGAAUACAGGUGCGACAAACGUACGACCUGGGACACCUUCGUCGAUGCGACGUUCGCUUUCGCGAGCGAGCAUUCUAUCCGUUCCCGUCUUCGACCCGACGAACGCCUCGACGUUCGAGUCGCCGACUUCAAGAAUGCGCCUUCGUAGGGCAAGCGAAGUGUCCUUCCCAUCGGAUACUUCGAUCGAAGCGCAGCGUGAGUCUGGAGGAGAUCAGUCUUCGACGAGGAACAGCUUUGAAAGUUCGGGAACGUAUCGGGGUACACCUGAAUUCACGUCCGGUUGGAGGGAAGGUCAUGUAGGAGGAUCUCGAAGCGCUUCCGAAUCACCGGAAGAGAAGAGAGAAACGAGGAGACAGGAGGUCGAGGCGAUCCUUCGACGUGCGGCCGCCAACAGGGGUUGA